AUGUCCUCUCCUGCUCUUCGAUCUAACUAUGAAGGAGCAUGCAUCGAUGAUGAAGGAGAUUUUCUCUGCAAGUGCGGGUUCAGCAUGCGCAUAUCCACAAUAUGGCAUGCAGACGAGGAAGAGAAAGCGCAAAUCGGUGCCGGAUUUUCAUUUGAACCUGCGACACCAAGAAGAACGUUAGAUAUCCGACAAUUUGGGGUUCUCACACCAGUUACCAGUUCAAGGAAAGGGCAUCCACCCAUAGACAGGACAACUAGCCGAAACCAAUCAAGCCAAGUUACAACCCCAAAACGCCCACUGUUUUCUACAUCCGGGCAAGUCAACAAGAAGCCAAGAAUAUUGGGUACUCCAUCACGGUCCCCUAGCCCCGCACAGUCCAAAACUCUCGAUGUUGGCAGCCCUACAUGGGGUCCUGACACUGAAACUUCCCCAUCAUUAAGAUCAGAAACCAUGCAUUCUAUGAGGGGAAGAUCGCGCCGAUGGGAAGAAUACGAGACGGAUUUACUAAACACACCUACCAAGCACAGAACCCAUAUGGAGAAUUUCAAGCCAAAUGAUGGGAAAACAGAGGUGGCGAAAGGAGAAGACGAAGAAGAUCUUCUUUCUGACUGGGAUGACACUAUCGUCUCAGAAGUGAUUCAGAUCGCCGAUGAAUCUACAUGA